AUGGCAAUGGUAACUACUUCUUCCAUCGGCGUGAUUCUCCGUCCUCUAUCACCAAUUCGCCACUCUUCUUUCCCCACAACUCCAUCACUGCACCUUCGUCUCAACCUAAAAUGUCUCGCCACAAAGGAAGACUCGCCUGAACCUCUACAAUUUACGAGAACAAAGACGGAAACAAUCUUACAUUCUUUCUCUCCGUUGCCGUUACUUUACACCGCCGCUCUCAUUCCCGGAGAUGGAGCUGUGAAAUCGGCUUUUGAGCCUUUUGUUGAGAUAGUGAAGUCUUUGAAUCUACCGGAUUGGCUCGUACAUUGGGGCCACCCUGCCAAUAUGGCCGUUGUGCUCUUUGCUAUGGGUGGUUAUGGUACUUAUCUUGGUUUCCGUAUACGUUAUUCCGAUGACGCGGAGGAAAAGGCUAAGGCCAAAGACUUGCAUCCCAAGCUUUUAGCUGGUAUGUUUUUCUUUUUUGCUCUAGGAGCUACCGGUGGAGUAACAUCUUUACUCACAUCAGAUAAACCCAUUUUUGACAGUCCUCAUGCUGUUACAGGCGUUAUUGGUCUUGCUUUGUUGACGAUACAGACUAUAUUACCUUCGCUAUUUGAGGGAAAUCCUGCAUUAAGGAAUGUUCAUGGCAUCUUGGGUAGUAGUAUCAUGACACUCUUUCUUAUUCAUGCUGCCUUUGGACUUCAGUUAGGCCUCAGUUCCUAA